ACUACCACCGAUAGUAGACUAAUUAAUAUAGGUUAAGAAAUUUCAUAAUACAACUGGACUUCGGGCUCAAGGUUAAAGAAAUUCGAUACUUGACAUUAUUAGAAGUGUGAUACAAUUUCAUAAUAUCGGAAAUCCAAAGUUAAAAGUAAGAAAAUUAAAGAAAAUUAACUAUUGAGUAAUAAAAUUUAUUGCUGUUCUUUUUACAUAUAUGGAAUAUAUAUUAGUCCUCUAAGUUAUGGGUGACAAAUCAAAUUUUUAUAAAAAAAGACGGAAAACCAAAAAAAGUAACGAAAAAUGUACAGAACCAUACAAAAGUGAAACAAAUGAUAAUUCGAAUAAUAAUCUGGACAUUGGCAGAAAUACAAAUAUUCCAUAUUAUGGAUGGAGAUUGUUUUUUCCUGAUAAAGAAUAUAAAGCUGACAAUAUUAUUAUAAAGCAGAUUAAAGCUAUGGAAAUUUUUAUAAAAAGACAUGAAGCAUUAUCUUCAUCAUUCACAAUGACAAAUUUGGAAGCAGGAAUGUCUUUUGACAUCGAUAUAUGUGAAUUGUGCAAUGAUGAUGAAUUUAUGAAGCAAUGGCCAAAUUUCAAAGAUGAAAUAUAUGAAAAUCCAAUAAACACAUUAAAUUGCAUAAAACUUAGCAUUCAUCAGAAAAUCUUAGAGACAGUACCGGACGAAAAUUUGCAGUAUGUUUUGAAUUCUAUUGGCAAUUUACCAACACUGAAAUUAGGUAUAUUAAAUUACGAACCAAUUAUAUGUUUGCGAGAUCUUAAAUUAAACUAUUAUGAGAAAUUAAUAUCCACCAGAGGCUGUGUCAUUAGGGUUGGCAGAGUAAGACACCUUGCGCAGUGGAUCGUAUUUGCCUGUUCCAAAUGUAAUUUGCAAAAAUUAGUCAAACAGUGGCAGGAAACGUACACAUUGCCAAAAAAAUGUGAUGUUUGUGGCGUAUCAAAAUUCUAUCCAGUUUUGGAUUCUUUCUGUACAAAAACUGUUUUAUGUCAAAUAAUUAGAAUACAAGAGCCAUUAAAUGAUGAUCAGGAGAAUAAAGGUAGUGUGCCUAAAGUACUUGAUGUAGAACUUUUGGAUGAUUUAGUUAAUAUUUGUAUGCCUGGCGAUGAUAUAACACUUACAGGCGUUAUCAAGGUUCAAGGAGCCGACGAUAGUACAACUAAAAAAGAAGUCGGAACACCAUUCUCAUUAUAUAUGAAGGCAAUAACAGUUAUCAAUAACAAACAUAGAUAUCAAAAUAAAAGUUCCAUGAGUACUGACAUUUCGCUAAAAAACUAUUUAGCUAUACAGAACAUAUAUAAAAAGCCAAAUCUUUUUGCAUUAUUAGUACAUUCUUUAUGUCCUAAUAUAUAUGGUCAUGAAAUAGUUAAAGCUGGACUGAUAUUGAGUUUAUUUGGAGGUAAUGCAAAACGUACGCAAUUACGAGAUGACAUACAUAUUCUGUUAGUCGGAGAUCCUGGCCUAGGCAAGUCGCAGAUGUUACAAGCGUGCGCUCGAAUAUCUUCAAAAGGUGUAUAUAUAUGUGGCAAUUCGAGUACAUCCUCGGGUUUAACGGUAACGCUAACAAAAGAAACAGGAUCAAAUGAUUUUGCUUUAGAGCCUGGUGCUUUAGUGUUAGCAGAUCAAGGUUGUUGUUGCAUUGACGAGUUUGAUAAAAUGUGCUCUCAGCAUCAGGCAUUAUUAGAAUCAAUGGAGCAACAAAGUAUUACUGUUGCAAAGUCAGGUGUAAUAUGUUCUCUUCCCGCACGAAUAUCAAUUAUAGCAGCUGCUAAUCCUAUUGGAGGACAAUACGACAAGAGUAAAACAAUAACUGAAAAUCUCCAUAUUAGUCAGCCUAUUCUCUCAAGAUUUGAUUUAAUUUUUUUAUUAUUGGAUAAACCAAAUAAGCAUUUUGAUAAUCUACUAUGUAAACAUAUUAUGACUGUCCAUAGCAGUUUGUAUGCAAAUUCCAAUGAAGAAGUUUCAGUUUCUUAUAAUGAAUGUGCUUUAAGAAAAAAGUUGAUGCUGCCAUUAUCCACUGAGGUUAUACCACAGUCUAAUCUUCGAACUUAUAUUUCUUACGCUCGAGAAUAUGUGAAGCCGAAAUUAUCUGCUGAAGCUGCAACGAUAUUACAGAAUUAUUAUUUAGAACUUCGGUCAAAAAAUGAACAAUUUGACAGUAUACCAAUAUUUAAUAGACAAUUGGAAGCCAUGAUUCGAUUGACUGAGGCUAGGGCAAAACUGGAAUUACGCAUGGAAGCAACUGAAUCGGAUGCAUUGGACGUGAUAGAUAUAUUGCGAUAUGCACUGACAGAUACAAUAGAAGAUUCUUGUUUAACGUCGAAAUUAUGUUCUGAUGGUAAAUUAACAAACAGAAAGAUUAAAACAUUUAUAAAAGUAUUGGAAAAAAAGGUCAACGCAGAUAAAGAACAAAUAUUUUUAUUAAAAGACUUGGAAGCACUUGCCAUAUCUGAAGAUAUUUCAAUAAGUGAUUGUACUGUUUUAAUUUCAAAAUUAAAUGAAGAAGGUGUUUUAUUAAAAAUUAGAAAAGAUACAUAUAAAUUUAUUUUCACUUCAUAAUGCAAUGUAAUAUUCAU